AUAAUGUGUGCACAUCUCUAGUUGAGCCUGAAACAACGAUACGGUUUUCGUGUGUUUUAAUUUAUUACAUUGCACUUUAAUUCGCUUUUCUUUUGGUUUUUACCACAAUAGUUUGAUGGAAAUUGUAUAAAAUUUAUUGUCUUCGUAUAAAAUAGGGGCACGUAGUUUAUUUCAACUUAUAUGACAUUUUGUUGCCGUCCUCAUCACUCGUGCAAAUGGAUGAUACAGUGAUUUCACCAGGUAAUAAGAUGGGAGAUUCCGCGUCUGAAAGCGACUCCAGCUCGCUGGAUGGCGGAGCUAUGUUGCCUCCUAGCACAGUUUCUCGUGAUCAGUUACAGAAAAGGAUAGAAUCUCUGCAACAACAAAAUAGGGUUCUUAAAGUGGAGCUGGACACCUAUAAGCUCCGUGUGAAAGCCCUGCAAGAAGAGAAUCGUGCCUUGAGACAAGCUUCAGUUUCUAUUCAAGCUAAGGCUGAGCAGGAAGAGGAAUAUAUUUCGAAUACAUUAUUGAAAAAGAUUCAAGCACUCAAGAAAGAAAAAGAGACUCUUGCACACCAUUAUGAACGCGAAGAAGAAUGUCUUACUAAUGAUCUUUCCAGGAAACUAAAUCAGUUGCGUCAAGAGAAAUGUCGGCUGGAACAAACUCUAGAGCAGGAACAGGAAUGUUUGGUGAACAAACUGAUGAGGAAAAUAGAAAAACUUGAAGCUGAGACACUUGCCAAGCAAAUGAACUUAGAGAGACUUCGUAGGGAAAAGGUGGAACUGGAGAACACAUUGGAACAGGAGCAGGAGGCACUUGUGAACAGGCUGUGGAAGCGAAUGGAUAAGUUGGAGGCAGAAAAGAGGUCACUGCAAAUCAGGCUCGACCAACCAGUCUCCGAUCCAGCUAGUCCUAGGGACAUUAGUAAUGGUGAUACAGCAUCCAAUUUAAGCAAUCACAUUCAGACCCUGCGUUCUGAGGUGGUUAAAUUAAGAAAUCAGCUGGCCGUCUCUCAGAACGAGAAUAAGGAGAAGAUGCAUCGCUUUGCGCUUGAAGAGAAGCACAUUAGGGAAGAAAAUGUUCGCUUACAGCGGAAACUGCAGCAAGAGGUGGAACGUCGCGAGGCUCUGUGUCGGCAUCUGUCUGAGAGCGAGUCCUCACUCGAAAUGGAGGAGGAGAGGCAGUUUAACGAAGCUCUCAGUGCACGAUCGCGGAGCGUGUCGUCGCCGGGCGGGUCACGGCCCCUGUCACCAUACGCGUCACCAUUGUUGCCUAACGCCGCCGGACUACCACUGUCGCGACCUUCUCUGCAUCUCAACUCUCAGACUCGCCGCACAAGUGACAGGUUCGUGAAACCUGCAAUUCCAGGCGCCGCGGGCUUAAUACCUCGCGUGGCGCCGUUGGAGCCUCCAAUAGCGCCCCUAGCGCCCCCGGCAGCCCCGCUGGCGCCUCUGUCCGCCUCGCCUAUGCCCAACCCUGCCAUCAUGCAGCCCGCUAGCCCCAUGGACACCUCCUCUAAGGACUAAGUUCGGCCGCCGUCCCUCGUUCACACCGCGACAUAAGGGCGGUUUACCAGCAUACUAAGGUUCCCAGUAUCACUGAACCCUCUUUCGAAUUAUGUAUGUAUAAAUAUGAAAGGGCUAGGUGACAUGUUUAUGUCGGCCGCACGAUAUGUAUAUGCUGUAGCCGCGUCAAAUUAUUUAUACUGGGAUACCGUGAAUUAGCCCUUACGUCGAAGUGCAUUCGAAGCUGUAAGGUUGAAUAAUAACUGCUGUGAUCAGUCGUGACGUUACGGCAAGCUAUCAUUAUUUGGUCUGUGUUUGGAAUGCGGAACAUUUGACAGCACGGCUGAUCCUUGCUAUUGUUGAAUCUUAUGUAAACGUACUGUGCACUCUGCUCACUGCCCUGUCGACUCGGCACGCUCCUAGAAUAACAUUCUUAUUUUUGCUCGGUCGUGAUUCAUUUACUGAUAAAAUUGGUAAUGAACGAGAUUAUGGAAUACGGUUGUAUUCAUAUGUUAUGUGAAAAUGUUUAAAUAAAGGGCGAUGAUGAGGACGACGAUGUAACUUUCAAUUAGGAUAGACAUAGCUAGUUCUGAUUAAAAAUCAAUUUUGGAAAUGUAUCCGGGCUUAAAUUCGCGGCAGUGGGUUUUAUUUUAUAAUAAGGCUGUGUAUAAAAUUCACUUGUGAGUAAAGUUAGUAAAGGAGAAGGAGAUAAAGAUUGUAAGCUAUUUGAUAUAAUAUCACACUCGGGGUCUAGCAAUACUACUCCUACGCAAUGUUUUUGUGAAGGAAUGUAUAAUAUGUUACGAAUGUUGUGUUGUGCCCUCAGGGCGAAUUGUUGUGUUCGAUAUAUGCUCGUAGGAGUAGUGAGUUAUUGUCCUCGGACUCAAUUCAAUUAUGCAAAUUGUCACAUUUUUUUUUCAUGUUAUAAUAAAACAAAAUAUAUGCAUUACUAUUA